AUGGUACAUGAUGUCUCUUCCUUUGAUAUAAAUUCUUGGAAUCAUCAACAACACGAACAACGAGAGCAAGAACAACACGAACAACGGAAAAUAUUUAACCAACACAUAGACAACGAAUCAAUUCAGCAGCUUCGAUCAGAAUAUCCAAAGAUCGACGAAACAUUGCGGAAGAACCGAACGACAAAUAUUUAUAAUCAUCAUUUUCAUCAUCAUCAUUUGUAUCAUCCAUCCAUUUCAUCAUCAGACGACUUUUUGAAUAAUAAUAUUCAACAGCGACAUGAACAACAAGGAAAUUCAUGUAUCAUCAGCGUUACCCAACAACAACAACAACAUGAACAACUUGAACCCAACCACUCAUCCAAAUUCUCAUCGGCUAGCUCUUCCUCGUCUAUUUUCCAAAAAUGGAAACUUUCAACUUUGGAUCUCGUAAAGCAAUCUUCUUAUCCAGCUAAUCGCAGUAAUAACAAGAAGAAGAAUUUAUCAAGUACUACAAGCCUGUGUAGAAAACGAUUUUCAGAAUCGUUAUGGAUGUUGACCAUGAGAUUCUUCCUGUUUCUCACACUGCUUUUCAUUUUCUCAAAUCAUUUCAUUGGGACGUUCACAAUGAUGAAACGGUCCAUUUCAACCGCAAGUGAUGAAGAACAAACAAUAUCGAGUGUAUUUUCUUCAACAACAUUUAUUGUAUUAGCUUAUAAUUUCGAAUCGAGAUUUACAAAAGACGCAAUAUCCACAGGAAUAGAGUUGGGCCAAUAUCCUGUCACUUGUCAACCACCACCUUCACCUUACACACUUGAGAUCAUGUCCGCAGGUUUACCUUCAUCCGGUGCGUUGGGAAAUGGAUCUAUUGGAAAUGGGUCAGUUGCUUUUCCAACUUCAACCUUGUUUGUGAGUGAUCCAACGCUUGUUGAAUUUUUCAAAUCUGCUCUUCGUUUUAACAAAGAGAAAUCUGAGAAUGCAAAAACCAACAACAUUGAACCAUAUACCCAAUUUCGAAGAGGUUCUAUGGAUAAAGACGACUCUAAAGAUGAUUCCAAAGACGGCUCCAAAGACGAUUCCAAAGAAAGAUUACCUGGAAAUUAUGCAGUUGUUCGACAAAUAUCAGCUUCCGUGACACAUACCAUUGCUCUUGCUGAAGAUAACAAGACGAUCUAUGUAUUUGGAUUGAAUGAAAAUGGUGGAUUGGGAAUAGCUCCAACAGAAAAUCCAGUACCUGUACUCACCGCUGAUAAUUCUUUUAUUUUCGAUUGGGAAGAUUCGAACACUUUACUCAAUAGGGCAGCAUUUCCAGAAAUGCAGAAACAAAGCAUUCAGAAAACUCCCACCAGCUACAAGUUUAAAUAUCAAAAUAAGGACAUUCCUGUGAAAUCGGUACACUCUGGAAGUGGUUUCAGUAUUGUUCUUUCUGAUAUCGGUCAGCUUUAUAGCUUUGGAAGUAGAAAUAAUAUGGGACAGCUUGGAUGCAAUACGACAAAACCAUCUCAAACUCCAGUGCUGAUAUUUGACUCGGUCGACAAAGUCUCUGUUGAAAAUGAUCACACUGUUUUCAUUUUCAGGAAUCGAUCGAUUGGAUUUUUUGGUUCUAAUUUGAAUAACCAAAUGGGUAUUUCUAGUGUUUCGAAUGAGACCAUGAACAAUAUCAAAUUUUCAUAUUUCACAACACCAAUCCUUGCAAAUUUAGAUUCCAUGCAAAUACCUGGCUAUUUUAAAACAGGAGAUGAUUUUAAAGUGAAAGAGGUAGUCGCUGGAAAAUACAACACUCUCGUCAUUGGAGAGGAACAGGUUGUAAUUUUAGGAGAUAUCAAUAAUUUGGUUACUAACAAGCAGGCUCCAGGUAUGGAGUUAGUCCCAGUUAAAUUUUUCGGCAGAUUUCCAGGAUAUAAUGUCACCUUUGAAGGUUUGGCAUUUAACAAGCUUAAAGUGUUUAACGGAACAUUGGCGACCAUUGAAGAUGUAAAAAUAUGUGACCGAUUUUUGUUACUUGUAGACAAAAAUAAGAGAGUUUGGGUAUUUGGAACAGCAGCUCCCAAACGUGACAUGUUCCUGUUAAUGGAUCUACCUCCUCCCAACUUUUUACUCAAUUUUGGAAUUCCCGACAAGGUCAUCAAAGCAAAAUGCGGUGCAAGACAUGUCGUUGUUCUCACAGAAGAUCAUGAAGCUUACGGCGCUGGAUCUAAUGCCUAUGGUCAACUUGGUAUAUCGCCGAGACUUCGACCUGGAGCAGAAAUUCGAGCACCAAUACUACUUGGUAGAAACAUUACAGAUAUUGAAUGUGGAGAUUUUAACACUUUCCUCACUCGAGACGAUAAUACUGUGAGAGCAUUUGGUCUGAACAAUUUAGGACAAUUAGGAGUCAAGCAAUCGUUGAAACCAUCGACUGUCACUCGUUUCAUGUUCUCUGUUGAAGAAACCACCUCGGUAAAAACAAGUGCUCUUGUGAAGGUUGAUUAUUCUCCUGUUACAAACAUUUCACUUCAGACAGGUCCAUUCCAAACAUUUAUUUACACACCAACGUCGUUUUAUGUUUCAGGUCGUAAUUACAAUUCCAUGUUUGCAGGAGCAGACGAUAUCAUUUAUUCUCCAAUGUUAGUAGCUCAAAAUGCUAAAAUGAUAUGCUCGACCUUCACAAACACAAUUAUUUUACAGCGGGAUACCAAUGAUUUGACAUUACUGGGAGGUGACAGUCCUUACAUGCGAUCGCCUAUCACAGCUCUCACCAACAAGAAAUUCAAGUCCAUUGCAUGUGGCGCUUACCAUGCUCUCAUAAUUGACCAAGAUGGAGUUUUAUAUUCUGUAGGUUUGAAUCAAAAUGGUCAACUUGGAACUGGAAAUGUUGGAUCUGGAACUGUUCAAGCCACUACUGUGUCUUUGAAUGGAGAAAAAGCAGCUGCUAUUUCAUGUGGAGCAAAGCAUUCCAUGGUAUUGAGUGAAACAGGAGCAGCCUAUGUGUUUGGUGACAAUAGUUAUGGUCAGUGUGGUGUCACUACUUCAGGCACACACAACGUGUUAACUCCAACAAAAUUACAAACGUCACAAAGUGUGAAACAAAUUGUUGCUGGUUACUACCACUCGCAUGUAGUGUUGGCAGAUGGAUCGAUUUUAUCCUUUGGAAGAAAUGAUUAUGGACAAUUGGGUAAGCUUGAAGGAACGAGCAGCUCUUUUGUUUUUACUCCAACACGAGUGAUCAUUCCAAGUGACGUUCGAAUUGCUGACAUCAAGGCAGGAGCUUUUCACACCAUCAUGCUCACCACUACCGGAGAAGUUUAUGCCUACGGAAAUAAUGAUUAUGGACAAAUCGGAUCUGCCAAUGAUACCAUUCAAACUUCAAAUACCAUUUCUUUGUCGGAUGAAGGAAAAGCAAUCUUGAUGGUAUCCGCCGGUGGUUUUCACAGUGUCUUCUUGUCAGCUCCAGCAGUUAAGGGUUAUUGUCCUAUUGUCACUUGUAAUGGAGUGGUCAGAACAAGCACUGAUGUUUGUAAUAGAGGAAAUGGUACCUGUACAAUUGAAGGAAUUUGUGCAUGCAACAGUGGUUACUUUGGUUCCAAUUGCCAAUAUGGUUUCUGUUUUGGAAAGAAUGGAACAGAUCCUGCUGUGUGUAAUGGAAGAGGUAUUUGCAUUUAUCAAGACACUUGUGUGUGUAAUGGAAAUUAUACAGGAUCUCAAUGCCAAAACGCAAUCAACUCACUGGAUGACUCAACCAUUCUUGCCAUUGCACUACCUGUGACAAGUGUUGUACUGCUCAUCUUACUUGCUGGAUUAUUUAUUGCAAUUUCCUUGUUCAUUAUUAUGAAGAAGGAUCGAAAGAAGAAAUCAGAGGAACGAGAAACAUCGAGUGGAACAGAAAGUGCCAUUGCAGGCGGUACAGAAAGUGCUCUCGUUGGAACGACACAAAAAGCUGGUGGCGAUUUUGAUUCAAAUUUAAGUUUAUCCAUGGAUAAGGAAAUGAAUUUAUUCCACUCGAACACUCCUGUUAGCAGUAGCAACAAUACGAACAAUACCACUCCAUUCUCUGGCCAGAGUACUUCAUAUAAUAAUUUCAACAACCAUUUUAAUCGCUCCACCAAUAGUAACAAUAUUCGAACCUUUAUGAAUAUUUCACAAGUUUCUACAGCAACCACUCUCACAGAUAAUGGACAAUAUCAGAAUAGCAACAGUAAUGGAGCUUCCAUGUUAAUUGAUCGAUUCACAAAUCUUUCAAAGGUUGGAUCGGGAGCUUUUGGUGUCGUCUUGAAGGGUCAAGAUGUGAAACAAAACAAUCAAUGGAAAGCCAUCAAACUCAUUCGUUUUGGAAGUUUGAACGAAUUGAAUCAAACAUUGCGAGAAGCUACUCAUUUACUUCGAAUGGUUCAUCCAAAUAUUGUUCGUGUGAAUGACGUUUUUAUUGAUCCAGGUCAACAAAUGUUAUGUAUGGAAAUGGACUUUUAUGAAUUGGGUGAUUUGGAAAAGUUUAUUGAAAAUCAAAUGUUACUCGGAAUAUUCACACUGCCAGAAAUAAUCGUGGCUCAACUCAUUUAUCAACUUUGCUCAGCACUUCACUACAUGAAUAUUGAUUUCAACAUGAUUCACCGUGAUGUGAAACCAUCCAAUAUUUUUGUCAAGAAUUACGAUCGACAACGUUCACAUAUUGAAGUUGUUCUUGGAGAUUUUGGUUUAGCAAAGAAAGGUUGGAGAAAUAGUUCAUCCAAUACUUCAUUUAAUGAGCAAUCGACAAGCAUGAGUUCAACUGGAAAUUGUAACAAUCAAGAGGAAUACAUGUUAACAGAGGAAAACACACAGGACUUGCUCUCCAAAGAUGCUCAUACCUUGUUGAGUACACAAUUAGGAUUUGCUGGAACACCUAUUUAUAUGAGUUGGGAAUCACUCGUUCAAGGAAAGUAUUGCUUCCAAUCGGAUGUGUUCUCAGUGGGUGUCACUGCUUAUCAAUGUUUGACAGGAGAUACUGAAACUUGCAUUACUCAACUCUAUCUCAAGGAACAUCAAUACAAACUUCAUCUUAAGGAGACACCAGAAUCAGUCGAACAACUCAUUCGAAAUAAUUUUGCAACGCGAGCUCCUCAAUGCUCACAGGAACUUGUGGAAAUUGUAAUUUCCAUGUUAAAGAAAAAUCCUGAAGAGAGACCUUUGCCCAAUGAAGUGACACAACUCGAAUACUUUAAAGUUUCGAGUAUACGAAAUUAA